AUGUUAAUUAUACCGACAACUAAAGAAAUACUACCUUCAUAUUUAGUAAAAACUGUUACAAUAAGAUGUUUAUCGCAUUCAACAAAAACAAUAGUAAAUAAAAAAUUAUUUGAUAAUUCAAAACUAAAAGCUAAAGAUGAUCGUAAAAUCUUUGGUAGAAAGAAGUCAAAUGAAGUGGCUUCAACAGCACCAACUACAAAACCAUUAAAUACAAUCACCAAUUUUAAUACUAUUCCAUAUAUUACAGAAUUACCGAAAAUACCACUGCAUCAACAAACAAAAUCAUUUGAAGAAAUAUUCAAAGAAUUAGGUCAAUCUAAUAUAUUUCAAGAACAAAUAAAACCAGCUACAAAAGGUAUAAAUCUAAUAAUCCCUAAAGAAUUUAUAAAACCAGAAAUACAAACACCUCCACGUCAUAAAUUAGAAAAAUCAAAAGAUUUAGAUAAGAAAAUAAAAAAUUUUAUAAUAUCAAAUCAAACCACUACAGAACAAAAAGAAAAAGAUAAAAAUUUAAUAAUGUUAGGUAAAGAAAUAAGUUCACAAAUGGAACCAGAUCAAAAUGAAAUAUAUAGUUAUUUACAACAUCCAAUAAAAAAAUCAUUAUCAGGUUUAAAAAUUUUAAAUCCAGGUUUACAAAAUAUAAAUGAUAAUUACCUUUGGGAUAUUAUACCAGAAGAUAAAUUAGUUUGUACACCUCCAUAUCAAACUGAUGAUCCAUUAGGUUUCAAAAAAUUUAAUGAGAAUUUUAUUCAAAAUCAAACUAAAGAAGCAAGUGAAAAAGAUUCAAUAUUAAAAGAAGUUCAAGAAUUUGAAAAAUUAAUGGGAAAUUCAACUACUUUUAUACAAAAUAAUGGGUCAAGAAGAAAAUUAAAUAGAAAAUUGUUAAAGAAUUUCAAAAAAUUAAAGGAUUAA